AUGUUUCCUGAGACUGCAACAAAAUUUCUCAACCCCAGUGGAGUUCCGCUUUGGCGAAAGGAGUUUCAACAGAAAGAAGAUAGCAGUACUAGUGACGUGUUCAGAAGCCCUCCGUCUAGCAUCAAAGUUGCCGCUCGGGACUCUCAAGCACCAGGUUGUUUGAAGCCCUGCAUGAUUUCACUUGGCGCUGGUACCCCGUCAAGUGCUUAUUUCCCAUUUGAGGAGAUUAAAGUCAAAGUAUCCAACCCUCCUCGCUUUGCAGGCGAAGUACCCGAGUCAACUCUUCACCUGGCCAAGUAUGACUUUGAACCACGCGUCAGUGAUUACAGCCUAGAUGUUGCGCUGAACUAUGGCCAAGGUACUGGUUCUGCACAGAUGCUACGAUUUGUCACUGAACAUACUGAACUUGUGCAUAGUCCUCCAUAUGGCGACUGGGAAUGUUGUUUGACAGUGGGUAGCACCUCCGCAUGGGAUUCUACUCUACGGAUCUUUUGCGAAAAAGGUGACUAUAUUAUCGCAGAAGAAUACGCUUUCUCCAGUGCCUUGGAAGCAGCUUUACCGAUGGGUAUUAAAGUACUGUCUGUCAAGAUGGAUGAACAAGGUCUAGUCCCCGAGUCUCUAGAUGACCUUCUCUCUAGCUGGGACGAGGGCGAGCGAGGAGCCCGAAAGCCAUUUCUCCUUUAUAUGGUUCCCACUGGCCAGAACCCUACAGGCGCUACACAGCUUCUUGAGCGGCGCAAGGCAAUUUAUGCGGUUGCCCAGAAACAUGAUCUUUAUAUCGUGGAAGAUGAACCUUAUUAUUACCUACAACUACCGCCGUAUACCCCUGGUGAAAGUUCUUCUCACGAAGGGAACAAACCCUGCGCGUUGAUUCCGUCGUAUUUGAGUCUUGAUGUCGAUGGUCGAGUUCUUCGACUAGAUUCACUAUCCAAGGUCCUUGCACCUGGCUCUCGCACGGGUUGGGUCACAGCCUCUCAACAGGUCGUCGAGAAGUUUGUUCGGAUGAACGAGGUUUCAUCCCAACAUCCCAGUGGUUUCUCACAGGCGAUACUUUUCAAGCUCUUGAACCACCAUUGGGGUCACGGAGGUUUCUUUCAGUGGCUGGAGAAAAUACAGACGGAAUACACAUGGAGAAGGGAUACAUUCCUUGAUGCUUGCAACAAAUUUCUCCCCAAGGAUAUUGCGAGCUGGAAUCCGUCACGGGCCGGGAUGUUUCAAUGGAUUGAGAUCGACUGGAGAUCUCAUCCGUUAUACAAAACUGGGGCUAACCAUCGAACAAUUCAACAAGUAAUAUUUGAAUGCGCCAUGCAGCAGAAGGUCUUUUUAACGCAAGGGAGUUUUUUCUGGUCCGACAGUAGUACAACAGAAAGUCGAAUGUUCUUCCGCGCCACCUACGCGACAGCCUCCCAAGACGAUCUCACAGAGGCGGCUAGAAGAUUUGGUGAAGCACUGAAGGAUCAAUUCAAGUGA